CUAAUAAAACCGGAAGUAUCGUCCAGGCUCUGUAGUCUGUACAUGAAUAUAGCCGUCUUUUUUCGUAUUAUUUGUAUUUCCUAAAGAAACCAAAAUUAAGAGAGUGAUGUGAAAAAAAAGGGUUAGAUCUUUUAUUUCAUUUGGGUAGCAAGAGAAACAAAAUCCAGAUUAUAGAUUUCACUGACAGACUUCACCAAUACUACAUCUUCUUGUUUCAAGUUCGAUAUGCUUUGUGGUUGUCUUGGAAAUAAUUGUUCAUACUCGAUUAUUUAGGGUUUCCUUAGAGGAAACUCCUGCUAAUUAAGUAAGAUCACUGGAGUUGAAAGUGGGGCUUAUUUCUCGUCUCAGAGGUUGAGUUUAAAGAGGUGGACUUCUUCGUGCUGUAUUGACGAUUAGUAGAAUAUCAGUCAGACAAGUUUUUGAUAGUUACAUGCUGGAGUUAUCUGCUCAAACAUGGAUGUGUUUGCUUUGGUGGUUUCUCUGAGGGGUGUAUCCCCAUUACGGCUGAGUUAAGGCAAGCAUAGUCAGUAAAAGGCUUGAUGGAGCAAUCAAAGAGCUAUGAACAGCUCCGAUAUGCGGUAGAAGCUAGAAAUGAGGGAUUAGAAACCACAAAUCAGAGAAUUGUACAAGACCCAUCAAGCUCUGUAAAUACAAAUAUUAGACCACCAGAUUUCAGUAUGCCAGUUGCAUCUAAACCUGUGAACUACUCUAUUCAGACAGGUGAAGAGUUUGCUCUUGAAUUUAUGAGAGAACGUGUGAAUUCUCAGAAGCCCUCAAUUCCUCAUGCUGCUAGUGACCCCAUUAACACGACUGGCUACAUGGAUCUCAAGGGAAUUCUUGGUAUUAGUCAUGCAGGGUCUGAAAGCGGGUCAGAUAUUUCAAUGGUUUCAGCAGUAGACAGAGUUCCCUUUAAGGAGUCUGAGAGAAAGGUCUCUUCUGGAAUUGAAGGCAGAUACUAUGAAUCCAUGAGAUCUUUCUCUCGUACCUUGUCACGUGAUGGCAGUAGUCAAGGAGGUCUUCCUGGGUAUGCAUCUUCUGCAGCAUCAGAUAGCUCGGGAACAAAGAUUAAGUUCCUCUGUAGCUUCGGUGGUAAAAUCUUACCGCGGCCUGGUGAUGGAAAACUUAGGUAUGUCGGGGGUGAAACUCGUAUUGUUCGGAUAAACAAGGACAUUUCAUGGCAGGACCUUAUGCAGAAAACAAUGGCAAUUUGUAAUCAAACACAUAUUAUCAAGUACCAGCUUCCUGGGGAAGACCUCGAUGCAUUAGUUUCCGUCUCUUGUGAUGAAGAUCUGCAGAAUAUGAUGGAAGAAUGUAAUUGUUUAGAAGAUGGAGGGAAAUCUCAAAAACCAAGAAUGUUUUUGGUCUCGUCGAGUGAUUUGGAAGAUCCUCAUUUUGGUAUGGGCAGCAUGGAGGGUGAUUCCGAAAUUCAGUAUGUGGUUGCUGUUAAUGGCAUGGACCUUGGCCCAAGGAAAAACUCAAGCGGGCAAUUAGCAGGAACUUCAGCUAGCGAUCUGGAUCAAUUAAUGAGUCUUAAUGCUGAGAUGGAGACAACUAGGUCCGCAGCUGGUUUAACUCAUGCUAGCUCUGCACCUUUGGCAGGUCUGCAGGCUCCGCCUGCUAAUCAAUCUUCUCAGCCAAUACAAACAAGUUCCUCUACUCCUUUUGAGGCACACACCCAGUCUUACGUGGGACAGGUACUGCAUAAUAUAGAAGCUUCCCGCUACCCGUACUCUGCUGUCCAUAUGGAUGGUAGGGUUGGGGUUCCUUCUGCGAUGCCGUUUCAGUACGGCGAAAAUUCCAAUUCUACUAAUUAUGUACCAUUUGGAGUUUCGGUUCCGAUGGUUCCCCAGUCAGUUGCAUACAGUGGCUACCAAAUGCAUGAUGCUGGAAUGCCAGCAAAAGAGGCAAAGCCAUAUGACGGCAAACCUGGUCAAACUCAUUUACAUGAAAAUGAUUAUCUUACUUCGAAGCCGUAUGAUGGUUCUAAUCUCCCUAACGUUCAAAAGGAUGGCCCCUCACUAGCCACAUCUGAAGCAGAAAGAGGAGUACCAUUCUUGGCUACAAAAGAUAACCGAAACCAACAAAAGCUAGCGCCGGGUUCAGCUAUGCCGGAUGCUGGGAAAAGUCAUAAACCUAGUGAUGAAGACCAUUACCAUACAUCAGGUGGAGCAUUUACUCUAGGGUAUACCGAUUCUGAGGCUGAUUCUAUUACUGAUUUCAGCUACCAUGAGUCUCCUGUGCUUCCUCCAAGGGUCUUCCAUUCUGAGAGGGUUCCGUACAAGCAGGCAGAGCCAGAGUUACAUAAUCGGCUAUCCAAAUCUGAUGAUUCUUUUGGGUCCCAGUUUCUGAUAUCACAAACACUUUCUGGGCUGACACAGCAGGAAGCAAUCACCGAAUCAGUUGAUAAAUCACAUGAAGGAAAUGUGUCUUCUCAGAAUGAGGUAUCCAUCUCUUCAUCAAAACCGCUGCAUGCUAAUACUCCAACUGUUGAAGAGGGGUUGAUACAAUUUGAAAAAUAUAAAGAAUUGGCCGAUUCAAUUAGCCAAAUAAAUCAAUUGGAGGCUCAGAAAUCCGAAUUGAAGCCUGCAGUACCAACUCAGCGGAAUGAUAAAGAUAGUCAAAGUGACAUAGCUCAUAAGGCUGCCAAUAUUAAUAAUGCUUGGACAGGCCCCUUGCCGAGUACCGUUACACAAGCAGAAUCUUCUGUUAAUGUCAACACAAAGGAGCAUGGAGACAUCCUCAUUGAUAUCAAUGAUCGCUUCCCGCGUGAUUUCCUCUCUGACAUAUUCUCUAAGGCACGAAAUGCAGAGGAUUCCUCUGAGAUUAGUACAUACUACAAGGAUGGAACUGGUCUAAGCUUAGACAUGGAGAACCAUGAUCCAAAACACUGGUCAUUCUUUCAGAAGUUGGCACAAGAUGAGUUUGCUAGAAAAGAUGUUUCUCUUAUGGACCAAGAUCAUCUUGGAUUUUCAUCUCCACUUACAAACAUUAACGAAGAGCUCACAACAUCUUAUCAGUUGUCACCUUUAAAACCUGAGGGAGUUGCCUUGAGACCCAUAACUUCCCAAAUCAGCUUUGAAGAGGAAACUCAACAAGUUUCAUCGAACGCUAUUGGAGCUGAUACUAUUGGUCUGCAGCAGGGUUACAAUCCUUCCCAAGUAAGAGACACUGGAAAUUUGCAAUUUGACGCAAUGUCCUUUCAGAAAGGAGGGGAUAGCCCACAAAUCCCUGAGUCUGAGGACGGAAAGGUGGAGAAUGGUGGUGGAAGUUAUUUCGAAUCUUCCACGGGAGGUUUUGAUAUCAGUACCUUACAGAUUAUAAAGAAUGAAGAUCUUGAAGAGUUGAGAGAACUUGGCUCUGGAACUUUUGGUACUGUCUAUCAUGGAAAAUGGAGGGGCACAGAUGUUGCCAUUAAACGAAUUAAAAAGAGCUGCUUCACUGGUCGAUCAUCUGAGCAGGAGAGACUGACUGUGGAGUUUUGGCGAGAAGCUGAUAUCCUCUCAAAGCUUCAUCAUCCAAAUGUUGUGGCUUUUUAUGGUGUAGUUCAAGAUGGUCCAGGGGGUACAAUGGCAACUCUAACUGAGUUUAUGGUGAAUGGUUCUCUCAGGCAUGUUUUAGUACGCCAGGACAGGAAUCUUGAUAGACGCAAGAGGCUCAUAAUAGCUAUGGAUGCAGCUUUUGGAAUGGAAUAUUUGCAUUCUAAAAAUAUUGUCCAUUUUGAUUUGAAGUGUGAUAACUUGCUAGUAAACCUGAAAGAUCCUUUAAGACCCAUCUGCAAGGUUGGGGAUUUUGGUUUAUCUAAGAUAAAGAGAAAUACCCUGGUUACUGGUGGUGUAAGGGGAACAUUGCCAUGGAUGGCCCCGGAGCUGUUAAAUGGCAGCAGUAGUAAAGUUUCUGAGAAGGUUGAUAUAUUUUCUUUCGGAAUUGUGUUGUGGGAGAUACUAACGGGCGAAGAACCUUACGCAAACAUGCAUUAUGGCGCAAUUAUUGGUGGCAUUGUGAGUAAUACACUGAGGCCGUCCAUACCAAACUACUGCGACUCUGAGUGGAGGAACUUAAUGGAGGAGUGUUGGGCGCCAGACCCCGUGGCUCGACCUUCCUUCGCAGAAAUAGCUAGGCGAUUGCGUGUGAUGUCUGCAGCUGCUGUUCCAACUAAACCUCCCACUCAUCAAGCAGCCAAAUGAAGAUUUUGGUAAAGAAAAGAAAGAAAAAAGGAUCCUAUAAUUUUUAUGUUCCUCAACUAUGUUGUAUUUCUUUGAUUGUAAGAGAUGAAUAGAGUGUAUUAUAAUUAUAUUAUUAGGAAGACUGACUUACCUCAUGGUUAAAUUGUACCGUGAUCUGUUUUGCGAGUACGUUUGCCGUCAGACUAUAAUGCUAUACACACAAGCUGUUAUUGUUUCAGAAAAACCUAGAGAUGUUUUUUGUACUUUCUUUUCACUGCUUAUCAACUUUACUGGUAUUCUAUCUGGCUA